CCGGGAUUCAACAUGGCUGACUGUGACAGCACAGAUAUCAAGGACGAGAAAGGUACAGAAGUAUUGAGUAUUUAUUUGUAUACUGAAUCUAAAAAAAAAAAUGAAGUUUUUUUCUAUACCUUUUUCUUUAUUUCUAACCACUUAGGAGUGAAAUAAGGAAAAUGUAAAUUAGACGAUUUAUAGCUUACAAUAUAUUAAGUGCUAAAGAAGGAAUGAUAGUAUUCAGACACUGUUGUAAUGGAAUCAUGACAACCGAGAAAGCAGAACAUCACUUACAGACUGUUGAGUUUUGCAAUGGAAGAUUUUAUAUUUAAACACACCCCAAUAAUAAUAUUGUUGAACUUGGGACACCUGUAGCUGAUGUCGAGUCAAACAUAGUCAUCUUGCAUAGCUAUUAAGUAGGAUCAUAAGCUGGGGGGGGGGGGUACUCAACAAAAUUUUGCAGAGGUAGGUUCUGCCAGAGGUCCAACCCCUUACCUUUUAUGUACCAAACGGACCUCUUUCACUUACUUAUUAAGACACUGCAUAUCUUUUAACUGCUGUUAAUGCACCAUCUUUUAAAUAUAAAUAAAUCACUAAACUAAAAAGUUCUUUUUUUCGUGUGCCGGUUAGCCCUUUUAGGUCCUUUCACAGACAGCAAUGACAGAUUUCCCCUCCUUUUCAUUUUCUCCAAAUAGUGAAACCCCAUACCCUUUCAUAUUCCUGAAGCCUGAAAAAGGUACCCCUUUCUGGCGGAGCCUCCCAGUAUGGGCCAUAAUGUGGAGUACCCUCUGGGGAUCAUGAGUGCCUAGGGAGUGAGCAGGGUGGGGAUUACACUGUGAAUUAGUUGGGUGGAAGGUGCACCGGUGGGGCAUAAAACCCUCAGUGGCAGAUCCAGGAGAGGGGCCUGGGAGCCUGUUUUUCUUGUGCUUAAUAUAAUGUGAUACUAAGUGAUUCAUGUGGUUUUGCAGCUCUUACAGAAAAGAAGACAAAGGCAUUGGUGUCACUAAGUGUCGGACUUAUUUUUAUCUUUAUUGGCCUUCCCUUAUGGUGGAACACAACCAAAGUUUACAGGGCUCCCCUUCCUUAUGAUGAAAUAGAACAGUUAAACCAGUUUAAGGUAUGAUUACUUUUAAUGUUAAGUAAUUUAUAGCUUGACAUCAAUCAAUUUUAUUACCAUCAAAUUGCUAUAAAAUUUAUUGCAUUUAACAAUUACUAAAAUUGGAUUUCUUUUAGGUUAAGUAUACAGUUAACCUUAAUGUAGUACUUCUUGGAUCUCAAGAUCCUUCUAUUUUGAAACAAGAGAUUGAGCUGGAGCUCAAAAAAGAAACUGGUAAGAUUGUCCAAGAUUUGGCGGGACGUAUGGAAUAGUAAGGGUCAGUUUAGUUGGUCUUAUUGUACAGCUUGCUUGUGUUCUUUCCUUUCUGAUUUAAACGAUGGAAAUAUUAUUCAGUUUGAUUGGUUCUCAGGAUUCUUUGGCACCCCUUGUGGGAUAGUGUGGGGGGUCCAUGGUUUGGUUCCAUGGUAUGGGUGAGAGCAGUGUUCCAGAUAAGAGAUGGGUCUUUGGUCAAUGACCUGACAAAGACGGCUUCCUCACCUGAUGAUGACAUAUAAGUGUUAAGUUAAAUAUAGCAAAAAAAUUUAGCACACGGUCUUAGUGAACCCUCAGAUGGUCUACAUGACCCCCUGCUCGAAAGAAUUAACUGGAACGCUGUGAGAGACAGAAAAAGAGGUAAAUUUAAAUCAAAGAAUGUUCCUCACUUGUUGAGCAAAAUUUCUUUUUAAAGGGUACCGUGCGAUAGAAUAGCAAUGCUUGACCCCAGACCCUCAGCUUUCUGGGUACCUGUGGACAUCAAUAUUCAUUGCAUGUUUGAGAGGCUCACCCCACCUUCCAGGCCUACAAUCACAAGAUCUCCAUGGCUCCACAUCAUUGUGUUUAUUAUUCAAAAACAGUAUUUUUUUUGUUGUUACGUGUCCAAUUUCUUUUCUUUUUUACAACUGGUCAGAUAUAUCUGCCAUAACACCAGACUACAGACUGACAGUAGAAGUGAAGAACAUAAAAGAAGCUGCUGUAAUUACAAAACUGACAUCCAGCCCUUUGGAAGGUAAACCUGUAAAGGAAAAUAAUUGCAAUAUAUUUUAUUUAUAAAUAAUUCAUGGUAGGUGAAUUCCUCUGAAUUAUGAAUGAGUGAACAACUUAAUUGAAACUAAAACUAAUUUUUAAUCAACAGAUCUGGAUGAUUAUUUUCAAAUCAGCUUUGUAAACAAGGAAAGCAAGAAUUACUCUUUCUUUGUGCUUCCUCAUGGAACUCCUGAGCCAAAUGGCAUUGAUGCAUAUGUUGGAAAACAUCUCCACUGUAUCUUGUACAACAACAAAGGUAGGAAUAAUCUGAGUUUGGGUUUUAUGCUACGUUUCAUGCACUUGUGCAUCUUUCUCUUGCCAACAAGAUAGCCUGCUUGCAAGUUAAAAGUUAAGCUGUAGUGAUGUUUAAGUGUUUUUUGUUGAUGUUCCCUAGAUUCCAAGAAGCUUGCUGCAGUGAUUGCAAACAUUAUCAGGAAAGGUUUUGUUAAUGAAGAAGAAGUCAAUGGAGCAUUUAGUUUAGUUUCAAAAAGGGAAUACACAAAGGUGAACAGUGAGAAACACUAAACACUAAGUUACGAUUUAGUAUUAAAAAUGAUUGGAUUAAGUACAUGGUCUAAGCUACUGACACUUUUUUUCUCUCUAGGACACUGUGGAAAGUAUGAGAGCUCAGAAGUCAACAACUGGUUAGUUUGUCACCCCAGCAAUUCCUUGUGUAUAGCAUAGUUAAACAAGUGUAUAGACUUGAAUCUCAUUCAAAAAGCAAGUUGGGGGGAAUUUUUACUAACAAAUUACACAUGCUUGCAUCUUCACUUUAUCUCACUGGCAAAAUUUAAUCAAGUAAACAUAUUAAGUUUUUAAUUAGGAAUUACUAUUUUUUCAAGGUUUUCAGGUGUCUUUUACACUGUUGAAUUCUGAUCCAGAUUUAGUUCUGGCAGAGUGGGAUAUAGAGACUGCUGUUCAAAGUAAGUGACUGUCAGUUUCUGUAAGUGCAAAACAAUGUGAGUUUAUAAGAGUUGUGUCAAGGUAGCCAAAGUUUUUGGUGUGGUAAAGUGAGGUCAGCAGGUAGGAAUUUUUGGGUGAGGAUGUGCUGCUGGGACCCCUGAACCCUUAGCCUAUACAUAACCUUACUUAGUUCAAAGUGAAUUUUGCCACCCUGUUAAAUUCCCUGUCUACUUCUUGUUUUUAAAGCUGGUUCCUUGAAAUCUUAGUUACAGCCCUGAUUAAACCAAAGAUAAAUAAAUUUGAACCACAACAGCUAUACCAGUUUUUCCUAGUCUAGACUAAUACCUUCAACCAAUCAAUCAGUUUCCUGGAAAAUGAUACCCCAUUCUAGAGCCAAACUCUCUGAUUUCCCCCACCACCUGAAUGAGUCCCAUUCUCUGAAUAAGCAAUUUUCCCUGAAUGAAUUGCUCAAUGCAUGUACAUUCAAAAUGCCAGUAAGCAUUUUAAGGCAAAGUUUGUUAUAGGGUGGUUAGAUACUCCCACCUUUCAAGUUGCUCAUGACGUACCGUAAAUGAUCGAUUAAGCGCUGCUACUGGAAUAAGUGCCCCACCUUCACCAAAAUAAGUUAAUAAGGGCCGCUGAGUCCAGUGGCACUGACUUGGAUGUUUAUGUUACAGAUCAAAUUGGAUUUCAGGCUAAAAAUUUUUCAACCUUGGUUUACUCUCAAUUUCCUUUGUCUGCAAUGGCUAGGAGACAAAAGAAAUUGAGAAUUAACCUGAGGUUAAAUCAAAAUUAACCUGAAAUCAAAUUUGAUUUGUAACAUUUACAAAUAAACGCCACACCUUUGUUACAGCACUUGAUAUAAAGAGAUAUCAAAACUAUAUUGCUUGACAAAUAAGACCAUGACCAACUCGUUAGUUCUAAGGUUUUAGUGUAAGGAAACUCUUGAAAUUGGGUUCAUAAUUAUAAUGGUUGAAGGUGUAAAUAUUUGUCCUUUUUCAUGCACAACUCUGAGUUCUCUCUAUAUUCCCCUCAGUGUUUUACCUCUAGUUGAAAUAAGCACUUGCUUUUGAUUAUAAGUGUCACUCCUUUAAUAGAGAAAAUGAAAUAAGCACUGCGGCGCUCAAUUGAAUCAUCAUUUUAUGGUUUUUGUUUCUUUUGUAGAAUAUUUAGAUCCCUUCUUGCUGAAGUUUCCUCACUUGGAUAUUAGUGUUGACUCCCAGGUAAGGUGGCCUAAAUGUUUGUAUUGUAAUACGAUAUCUUUGCACGGAAUUUAAUUUAUUCUAGAAAGGAUGCCCUAUAGAAAAAAUUUUAUCAUGCAUCAAAUGCAAAUAGGGACUGGUGUGGGCCUUCAGUUCACUUAAAUUUACAACUUGUGUUUUUUGAGUUUCAGAACUGCUUAGAAUUUGAUAAUGAUCUUGCUCAUUGCACUGAUUGACUUAACAGUACUUUGAUCUUACAACAGGUCCUCCAUUAUAGUAGCAUUCAAAUCAAUCCAAGAAAAGAUGGAGAAUCUUUUUAUCUUCCCUAUGAUGACUUACCUCACAUGAUAAAUCCAAUUGAGGCAAAGCUAGGUAAAUUAUAUGUCUUGAAUAUUAGUUAUAGGUGAAGCAUUGAAACAAGAAUUCACACUCCAUCAUCAUAUUUCCUUAUAUGAAAGAAUGUUAACAUAGUAUCUCUUAUACACAUAAAGAGAAAAAUUUGACCUUUUUGGAUCUGAUAAUGGUUUGACUGAAGAGUUUAUAAUAGUCAUGCAACAUAAUCAUUCUGAUAGUCAAAUUGAUUCAAAAGUAAUUUAAUCAAUAAUUUAAUCAAUCAAUAUUUUUUUAUCAAUCAGUCAUUCAAUCAGUCAACCAAUCAUCAGCAAUAAUUAAUGACAUUUAAAUACAAUGUUAAUCAAUCAGUCAGUCAAUCAGUCAAUCAACCAAUCCUCAAUAAUUUAACCAGGUAACCAACUGUCCAUUAUAAUAUGCAUAUGCUAGUUAACGCAUUUGAAUGGUGAAAAAAAAGAAGAGUCUUCUUGCAACCUAUGGAAUGGUCCCUCUACACAAGGAACAUGAAAUAGGAGAGACUGUAGUCAAUUGAAAAUAUUAUUUUGUUCAUUUACAGGCUCACAUAUUUCAUUGUAUCCAAGCUUGAAUUUUGUUGUUUACGUGCCUUCUCAGAGCCAAACACCUCUUUAUAUGAGAACCAAGGAUGGUGAGAGAUUAAUAUACAUAGCUGUUAAAUAGUUAAAAACAAAACAUAAAACUUAAGAUCAGUUUAUCCAGCUUUUCUUACUCUAGGGCCAUUCAUAUGGGGAAAGUAUAAAGACAUGCCUUUCUUGCACAAAGACAUUUUUGUUUGAAUUAUUACAAAAGUGUCUUAUUUUUAGUCUUAUACACAGCCCUGCUGUUGACAUCAGAGAACAUCCCCUAGUGGUUUCAAAAUCCAACUGAAGCAGUUCUCUGUUCAGCUCAGCAGCUGUACCAGUCCUAUAGUUACAGAAUCCCACCUACGUCCACUGUCAGCUUCCUGCCUGACGGUUCCUAGAAGAUGAACGUACAUGGAACCCUUGUCAAUGCCAUGCCUUUCGAUUCCCUGACACUUCUUAGUCUUUCUGAGCCAGUUUUUCUUUCACCCCAUUUUAACCUCCGAUCUCUUUUCUUUUUAUAUCUCUCAAGGCCAGCAAAGCAGUAGCAAUGCAUUCUUGAGUCCACAAUGGGGUGGAAUCAUGAUUUGCAAUCUUCAACAGACUGCACCAACGAACAGUACCAGACCACAGUGGAUAGAGGUUGAUAUGAAACCCGUUAUGAACACAUUCCUGGCUCAACUGAAGUUGUUACUGGGAGUUAAGCCUGUGGUGAGGAUUCAACUUUUUCCAUUCUCACAGACUUUUAUGCUUUUUUACAGCUUACACCCCAAAAACUAGUCUCCCACAUGGCCAUUUUUGUCUGCUCAUGCAUUGUCCUCCAUGAUGAUUGUCUUGUCUUGUUCUUUUGUUCCCUAAACCUUAAUUCCCUUGUUCCUUAUUCCUCUGUUAUCUUGUUCCUUUGUUUCCUUCUUCCCUUGUUUCUUUGUUGUUUUGUUCCCUUGUUCCUCUCGUUCCCCUUUCUCUUUGUUCCCUUCUUGUUAUAACUUGUCAUGUCUCGUCUUGUAAUGUCUUCUCAUGUCUUGUAAUUUCUUGUUUUGUAAUAUCUUAUUUAUCUUGUCUUGUAAUGUCUUGUCUCAUCUUGUAUUUCUUGUCUUGUAAUGCCUUGCCUUGUAAUGUCUUGUCUUGUAAUGUCAUGUCUUGUCUUGUAUUGUCAUGACAUAACUUGUCAUGUCUUGUCUUGUUUUGUAAGAUCUUGUCUCUUAGUUCUUGCCUUGUAAUGUCUUGUCUUGUAAUGCCUUGCCUUGUAAUAUCUUGUCUUGUAAUGUCAUGUCUUGUCUUGUAUUGUCAUGACAUAACUUGUCAUGUCUUGUCUUGUUUUGUAAGGUCUUGUCUCUUAGUUCUUGCCUUGUAAUGUCUUGUCUUUUCUUGACUUGUCAUGUCAUGUCAUGGCAUGUCUUGUCUGUAAUGUUUUUGUCCUGUCUUGUAAUGUCUUGUCUUGGAGCAUUGCGAUAAGGAAAAUCGCCUACAAGAGGAGGCUUCUUAAAAAGCAAUAAGUUUGAUUAUAGUCUUUUUAUAUUAGAGUUUUAGGUCUCCUAUCAGUCUAAAUAGACGUGUCUUUGAAACAGAUUAAAAAUGCGACUGAAUGUUCUCUUCUGUUUUCUAGCUUAAGAUAAUCCAACCUAUGUCAUUUUGAUUCAUGCCCGUAAUAGGUUAUUCAUUUCCAAAAACGAUUUAUGUUGUCUCUUUUUCCAAUUUUUUUAUUGCGUUUUGCUCUAAAUGAAUACAAUAAAUUUUAUUGUAAUCAUUAUUUCCUUUUUUAAAGAAACUUGUAGAUGGCGUUGAAGCAAGAUUCCCAAAAGAUGUUGGAAUAACACAGUGGGUAAUGACCAUUAAUGUAGUUGUUUCUUUGUUAACCCUUCAAGUCCCAAGAGUGACCACCAUAAAUUUUCUCCUAACAAUCUCCAUUCUUUGUCAAAAAAUAAGGUUAUGAGAAUUAAUAAAAUGAUCAGCAAAGGGAAAAUUCUUUGAUCUUUUGUUAAAUUCUCUCAGUUAAUUUUGUAAGAAAAUGUAUGGAUAUCAGUUUGGAGAAUUUGUAUGUGGACAAUUAAGCGUAGACUGUAAGCAGUCUCUUCUUUGUCGGAUUUAGCAAGGGAAUUGCUUGCGCGCGCCAGUGUCGAAGCCACGAGACCGGGGAAACGAGGGUCGCAGCUUCUCCUGUCUUGCGCCUUCCGUCUCGCGCAUGGUCAUUUUUGUGUCUCACGCAGAUGGACUGAGAAAAAAAAUUACUUCUCGUAGUCUAAACUUAGCCUCUAGUUAUGGUUAAGGCUUUACUGUACUCACAGGAACAGGAGUCGGUGAUGAGACAGAAAACAAUGGAAUAUCUUGCCACCUCCACCAUCACGCUAACAUCCCUCGCCCAGCUGUUGGGAAAAAUCAGUAACAUGGUGAUUAAUGAUCACAUUCAACAGCAAAUUCAACAGGCGCUUCAUGCAGUCCAUCAGGUGUGACUUAUAUCCUAUCAUAUUCACCUGAAUGUUUUGGAUCAUUAUACGUUUCUGGGAAUUUGCCCACCUACCUCUCCCCUGAGUCAACAUUUUGCCCUAAGCGAGAAGUAAGUGUUAAUGUUAGCUUCCAGGUAAGUUGGCAAUUUCCCAGAAACGUAUAAUGAUUUUACUGUAGAAUUUUAUAACGCAAAGGUUUUAUGUACCCUCGUAUCGGAAAAUUUGGUGAAACUUCUCCUUUGGGAUACCCCUAUUCAGAGGACACUUUAAUUCAAGGGACCAAAAUUUUGUUCACGAAUAAAGGGAAAUUAAUUCUAUUUGUAUUAGUGAGUACUGUUGAAGGGAUUCCUCGAUUUAGGGGAGACAUGUGCUGAUCCUGAGUUAGUCCCCUGAACGAAGGCUCGUCUGUGUAAUCUUUGUAUCAGCCACCUCUAUUGAAUGGACACCCCUAUUAGGGGAACACUUUUUCUGGUCUUUAGUAUAUCCCCUAAAUAGACGCCCCUCUCAUGGGGAAAAUCCAAGCGCGCAAGUCAAAUUUUUCAAAACUCUUUGCAAAAAGUUUUCUUUAACUGGCUACGAAAAUGUAACUUUGUAGUCUUCUUUUUUGUUCUUAUUUACUUUUUCCGCCACUUGAUUCAUUGCAUCCUCCAAAUCUCUUGCUCCCUGCCAAGAAAAGAAACCCUCGCCUGCUUGCGAGGGAGAUUGGGGUUUUAUACUCAGUCCUAAUGAGUGUGAACAUUUAUCUUCACCUUUUGUGGUAGGUUUUUGCUUGUUGAGGAACCCUCAACAACCAAAAACCAAUCAGCAAAUGACUGAAAAGACAUUGAACAAUACCCACAUCACACCAUGCACAGCAGCUAAAGGUGAUGUUACACCGGACGAUUCGACGGAACGAUUUUUAGCGCAACACAUCGUUGCAAUGUUGGAACAAUGUUGUAAGCAUUCGAAACAAUGUCGCAACAAUAGUGCAAAGCUGUGUUGCGCUAAAAAUGGUCGUUGCGAAUCGUCUCGUGUAACAUCACCUUAACGUUCAAGAGUUUCCGCUACACCAAGAAACACCCGGGGAGACACCCCCACAUCGUAAAAUCCCUUGUUAAGCCCUGGACUUAUAUAAGUUCAUAAGGGGUUUUGGGUGGGCUUAUAUACAGGGGGCGUAUAUCCGGUGGUGGGGGCGGGGGCUUUAACCUCUUUUAUCUUUAUCUUCAUUUUUCUAAAUUCAAAUAUAACUGAACGUUUUCUUUACAAACGCUUUUUUUUGUAGUCUGUAACAGCCCUUGAGCACGGAAAUCUGACCGUAGCCGUUCUAACUGCCAAGACAGCCAUCAAAUCUUCGGGUCAGUAUAAAUCUUUUUUUUCCUUUUUUUUGUACGAAGUAGCGCCGAACGCCCAAACUUCUGCCCUCGCUCCAUUUAUGUGUGUUCUUUUACAAACUACCAGAAGUAGAUAUUACUGGUUACAGGAAUGCCAUCUCGGGUGUUAUCCAUAUAUCAUCUGUUAGUGACAACGUUGUUCUUCACUUUCUUUUAAGAUAUGGUAAGCUCCAUCCAUUCUAGCUUGCGUAGCAAGCUCUUCCUUUUGGUUUCGGAUCAAAGAAAGACCGAGGAAUGGGAUUUUCGGUUUUGGCCGCGCGAUAAAUGAACCGAGAGCCAUUUUUCGCGCGGUUUUUGGCUCUCGUUCCUCGUUCUUUGCUCCUAAACCGCACGGAAACGCUUGCUACGCAGGCUACAUCCAUUCCCAUAUGAUAAGAUUCUAGUUAAAUGAUAAGCGAUACAAUGACGUUACAUUCUCACUUGUAAUCAACUCAGUGUCCUUCUUUCUUUCAGAGGAAGCAUUUUUUGACCCAUCAAUACUUGAGCUUUUGUAUUUCCCUGACGAUCAAAAGUAAGCAGUUCUAUUUUUAAGUCUUGUUUUAUUAUUGUUACCAAUGAUUAGAGUGAUUUUACUUGACCCAUGAAGCAGGUACUAACAACUAGAGCAAAGCUCCAAGUAAACAAAAGUAGACUGUGGAAUUAGUGUAUAACAGUGCGUAACUACCACCUAUUUCACGGGUUAAGUACAAUCCCUGACUCUAACGGUAAUAUGGUUUAUUUCUUUUUCCUCGCAGGUACGCCGUCUACAUUCCUCUCUUUCUCCCCAUCAGCCUUCCAGUUUUGUUGUCUCUUAGACAAGCAAUAAUUUGGUACAGAGGAAAAGACGAUGAAGACAGAAAGGACGAGAAAAAAGACAAGCAAGAAUAACUUAUUGAAGAUGUCAUGGUCGUCUCCGGAUAAAACAAGAUGAAUUUGAUAUCUGAAAGCCGCUUGUUUUUGCCCAUAUCGUGUGACCAUUUUGUUUUCUCGAUCAAGAAACUUUGCUUCGCAUUGUCCCUGACGGAUAGUAAAGAACCCUUUGGACGAGCUUGCACGGGUACUUGCGACAAACUGCUAGGAUAACCGUGAGAUGGACUAUUUUCCCACCUACAAGGGGUAGCAAUUCUCGUAAUAAGUCCCGUUAGUUUUGGGAUCGUUUGUGCGUUUUAUGGUGACCAUGCAAUUUCCGUACGCGAUGCGUUGGACAAGAUGAGUCGUGAAAACCAGAUAAACCAGUCAUGUAAGGCUACGUUGACACUGUGCGGGAUAGCUUUUGCACCAGAACGAAAAUUAUACCGGAUAGGGCUUCUGUUCACACACGAGAACGGUAAUUUCGGCGCGAUUUCUGUAACGGAGCGAAGCUGCACCGCGUCGAUCUUGAGAGUGAAGGAUCGCCUUUCGGAUAAGUGGUGUUUAUACUUUACCGGAUAGAUUUCUUGUCGGCAUAAAAGGCUAUCCGGUUUUGAGUGAACGUAGUCUAAAUCUCUGUUGAUGAGACACUCGAUUUGAGCCACUAAUCCAUCACGUCAUGGUGUCCUUACUGCAACCAAAGAAGGGAGAACAAUGAGGUAUUAAGCUGAUACGAUUCCAUUCUAUUACAGUUUAAGUGUCGGCCUGUUCGCGAAUAGACCUACAGUUCAAGCUUGGUCAAUGGCGCAUAUUCAUAUUAUAUGCCAUUUCCGAGCUGCCGCAAGCCUCUGUUUCAAAGUGAGGCUAAGUGCGACGCUGUUGAUAUGAAAAAUGAUUUUUUUUAUUCUCAUGCAACUUAAACAAAACUCAUUUUCACAAGAAAGUUGUUGUACUUAGCCUCGUUUUGCAGAAUGAUAGUUUUUGGAACUCGGAAAUGGACAAUAAACUUUUUUACGAGAAUAUUGAUGCAGAGAAUGGGAAAAACUAAAGAACAUUCUAAGAUGAAGGAGAUAGCUCAGGGUGAAGUUUAGUUGAAAACAGUGUAUUCUAGCCGUUUAAACAUGAGCAAUAUAGAGAAAUUGUCACAACCAGUGCAUUAAAUGUUUCCUGAACAUU